AUGACAGUAUUUACAAGAAUAAGAGAGGUACCGGAGGGCAAAAAACCGCUGGGGCCGAAAGCCUUCGCUACAGUAUGCGUUGAUUCAGCAGUCUAUCAGCGAGAUGAAACUGGAAUACUUGCGCGGAUUCGUAAAUACAAAACAUUUACGAGCCUGUGCAUGAUGCUGCUACUUUUUUGGCUCCUGGCUGCAUCAUUCCUGGCCGGAACAUUCUUUUAUCGUCAACUGCGUCGCCGGCCAACUUAUUACGGAUGGUGUGGAACAAGUUUUAUCCAGCGUGGUAGAAAUGAGCGACUGGAAGAAAGUCUCGAAAUAAAUCCGGAUGAGUACUACGAGAGGAUCAGCGUGUCUCGUUUUGGGUCCAAUCGCCCCGCUAUAUUUGUGCACGAUUUCAAAAAGGUAGUCGUUUUUGCUUUUUAUGCGGAAGUCUUUUGA